ACUCCAGACGUCAGAAGAAUGUUUUUGUAAAAAACUACAAAUUCUAAUGCAGUGUAAUGCAAUUCGAAAACAAUAUUAAAUUUGUUAAUGUACGACGUACCGUUGAAACUUUCUAGUAGUCUAGUAUUUAUUAUUUUGCGUAUUAAUCCAUUAUAUGCAAAAAACUGAAGUUCUUUUUUAUUUGUUUUCUUUUCUAAAUACUUCCCAGAAUUUCCGAUGACGAAAGAAUAGUUUUGAUAGCGUCAAAUAUAUUGUGAGACUGUGAAUACGUGUAUUGCACUCACCGCACCGGCCACGUUAUAAUUUUCCAUUACUUUCUUUAUAAAACAGAGUGCAGCGUGGCGGGCCCCGAGAUGGGCGUAGUGAGCUCGCUGAUGUACGCGGCAGCAUCAGUGGCGCUGCUGGCGCUCGUGCUCGAGUGCUGCUGCCGGAACCGGCUGAAGCGCCUACGAGAGUCCCCGCAAAUACUCGCUUUGAACGUGGUGAACUCUAGCCAGUACCCGGUGGUGACGCCGUACCCCACGGGGCCGGUGGUAACCCCCUAUCCCCCCGGGCCGCUGCGGCCUCCGCCGCCCGUAGCGUUCCCCGCGCAGGUGACGGUUGCCGUGCCCUGUCCCGCGUACUACCCUCCCGCUCCUAACAUACAAAAUGCUGAAACGCCGCCGCCUUCAUACGAGCAGGUGAUGGCAGGCCAGCACUCCGUCCCUGCGCCGCGGUAAUUCACACACACAUACAUCAUACUUCUUUUGGUGCCAUGGGGGACUAUGGGAGUUCUGUUUCUUCCCUUAAUAUUGCUCGCCGUUGAAUGUUGUUGUCAAUAUAAAUACAAACCAAAAAUAAGUAAAUGUAUGAAAUAAUAAGUCGGCACCGAGAACAUUGUUGAACGAAAUAGAGUUUGUAAUGAUGCUGGCUCUGACAUGGCAUAAAUAGAUACUCCCAGUUUUCGAAUGAUAAUAAUGGUCUGUGUUAGUUUUAGUCAAAACGAUGUGAAGAAGAUAUUAAAUACUGUCUUUCGCAUUUAAUAUAUUUACUUUAUUUUAUUUUGGGCAACGAAACUUGUCCAUCAAGUCUUGCUCUGAUAUGAUUUAAAUCUCAUGAAAUGAUUUGCUUAUCCGCGUUUAUUGUUGUAUUUAUUUAGUGGCUCAAAACAUUAUCUAUAAUAAUAUAGAAGGUUAAUAAAAAAUAUCCCCUUAAACUAAGUCCGCAUUUUCAGCAACUAUUGUCAUAUUGUUGUUUAAAAAAUAAUGAUACAGCUUAUUUACUUCACACUGUAGGUACAAGUCAUCAUAAUAUGGAUUUACUGAUUGUGUGUAUUUCAGAGAACUUACAAUUAAAGCUUUUUGUAGGAUUGUAUUUCAUUAGUGAGGUUAUCAUGAUACCAUUCCACAAUAGCUAGAAUAUAAUAAUGUUUUGCGAUUUUCCAUUUCUGUAAUUCUGAAUUUAACAACUCACAUUAUUGUCUCGUGAUUAAGAGUACUAUCAAUGAAAUUGAUACUUGGUUUUCCGCUUACGUGUCUGUAUAAAAUACUAAUGUGGUUGAGUCAUUAAGGGCUUAUACGUGGGAUAGGAAAACCUAUACGUUGAUAUGUGCCAUAAUUAGUGAAUGUGGGGUGCUCAUAAAGUAAUGAUUUAUACGUAUACCUGAUACGAAGUACCACAAGGCUCGCAAAUACACAGAAAACGGGUAAAAUAAUAUUAUUAUACUGUGCUAAAUUUAAGAAGUCGUAAGUCAAUUUUAUAUUAAUGUAGACUUACUGCAAUAAAGGAGCUAUUGUAAACAACAUUCUGAAGAAAUUCUUAAGGUUAUAAAGACGUGUGUCCCUUAUUUAUCCCUUAAGGGGUAGAGACUAAAAUUAAAUAUUAUUUGGAUAUUUAAGAGUUAUUUUUUUUAUUGUGUUAAGCAAAUAUUAACUAUAUAAAAGAAAAUGUAUACUUAUUUAUAAUAAUUAAAAUCUCAAUGCAUUAUUGAAGUUCAUAAAAAAAUAAGUGAUGUGUCAAAAUGGACUUAGACUGAUUUUAUAAUGUAGAUGUGGAGAUUGAACUUUUUAAAUAUACCGGUUAUAAUCAGUUUUUUGAUCGAUUUUUUACGAAUACUUACAUUAAGUGCUGCCUUGUCCAUGGUGUAGUUAGCCCGUGAAUUAAUGGUGCGGCUACAUAAAAUACCCGUUAUUGCAAAUUUUAUACUAAGUAUUGUCUCCACUAAAAAUGUACUGAGCAAAAUUUUUGUAUGGUGUCUAUAAUCUUUUUCGACUGCUAUACAAUGUUUUUCAACUUAAGGGUAGGAUAGUACAGGCCUAACAAUUUUGCUAUUUUUAAGUUUUCAUAGAGAAAAGACAAACAUGAUGUUAUUAUGUGUUGGUGAGGUGUUAUAUAUAACUAGAUAGUUAUUUACAUAAACUCAAACCCCGUGAUCCCCAAUGAGAUGGGCAGAUAUCUCUAUAUUAGAUCAUAUCAAGUAGUUAUUCGUGUCUGAAAAAUGAUAGCUAAGCGGCUUAAGUAUCAAACGUAGUAAUUUACCAUUAACCAAAGCUAAUAAAAGAAAUAAAUAGCAUUGUAUUUUA